UAACAAGACCAGCUUGAGGAAUAUAGAAAAUAUAGAGCUAUAGAAAACAUAGGAUUUUGCAUGACAAUGGGAGAUUGGGGCGCUAUGGAACACAUAAAUGGAGGCAAUGACUUCUUAGCCAUGCUGACUGCUAAGAGUCGCACUCCAACCCACCGUGCAGAGAAGUCUGAGCUCCUAUUCACACCGUCCCCCCAGAAACCAGGUCCAGAGGGGGCUUCUGCAUCUUCUGUGUAUGGAGCUGAUGAGACUGUAGAAGAUUCAAUUAAACUGCUGAAUCAGGACCUAUUGGUGCUAGGGUUUCCGUCCAUGUAUGAUGGUGCUGCUACAUUCAAACUUUCCCAGCUGGUCAGCAGUACACAACAACUGCUGCAUAUGCAUCAGAGAAGUAUGAGGAUCAAAGAAGAUUUGGAAAACAGGCAAUGUCGCACAGAGACUGACAUCAACCACCUUCAGGUGACUCAGGGUCGACUCAAGGACAGUCUGAAACUCUGUCAGAGAGACAUUGCUGGACUACAGGAGAAGGAGAGACAACUUGUGAAUAAAAAUAAACUGCUCACCAGUAAACUGAAAGCAGAAAAAGAUGAGGUGAAGCGCCUACAAUCUGUGAUACUAUCCCGAGAUUCUCAAUACAAACAUGAAAUGAAGAAGAGAGAAAAAGAAAUAAAUAAACUGAAAGAAAGGAUGCACCAACUACUCACUGAUAAAAACCAAGAACGUAGAUUAGGUAUGGAUAUUCUUAAUGCCCUCCAGAGACCAGAUGGCAAGAGGGGCACCUGGAAGACCAACAAUAAACAAGAAGAAGACAUGUACAGACUGAUCAUAACCAACUAUGAAGACCGCCAGAAGGAGCUGAUGUUAGAGAACAAGGAACUGAGAGAAUGCCUGGUCACCAUGCAGAAAGAGUUGAUCUCAUUAUUAAACCAACAGCCUUCACCUUCUAAAUCAUCUAACUUAGAAGACAGUCUGGAAGAGAGUGAAGAUGACAUUAAGUCUGUCACAUCAACAGAUGUUGAGGAACUGGCUGAUGGCUACUUCCAGAUGCCCUAUGAAAUGGUGCGAGAUGGCAUUCAAAAGAGUCUCAAAGAAAAAUAUCAGCUGCUAAAGAGAAGAAUAAAUCAAACUGAGAAAAGCAAUCCAACAUCAGAAGGUGACUCUCCAGAGACCCCUAGGUCUGAUGUAGAUGAGGCCAACUACAAAGAGCAGAUAGAGACCCUCAGUGAACAAGUCAGUAGAUACAGGGACAUCAUUGAGCAGCAAGAAGACCUCAUUCAGCAUUCCCUACAAACUCCUGAUAAUGAUGAUACAAUAGAACAAUCAUUCCUGCACAACUCAGAGCUCCUGGAGGAGGCUGAGAAUCUCUCAAAGGAGAAGGCAUUGUUCUACCAGCAGAAAUGCAACUUUGAGAAGGAACGGCAAACAUUUACAGAGGCUGCUAUAAGACUUGGCAGAGAGAGGAAGAUGUUUGAGGAUGAGAAGUCUGGGUUCCUGCAACAUCAGUUCAAACAGGCAACACAGUCUUCUGUACACAAGCCAAGAUCAGCAAUGCACAAAUUCACAGGAAUUGAAGGAGGGGCUAGACUGGUAUCAGCUAAUGCCAACUUGACCCCCAGCCCCACACACUCUGCUAUAAAGACACCAUCCACAGUAGACCUAUACAGAUCUAUGGGACUAAAAAUUUCUGGUGGUUCCCAAUCCAGUGUGAAAUCUUCCCCUUAUCUAGGCUCAUUCCAUGGGUCAACAACCAGCAGUAAAACCAGCAGUAAUAAACCAGCGCAGAGUAACAGUGCUUCAAAUAAAUCCAGCCGUAAAAGUUCUGUCACAUCUAGCCACAGUAGUAGUGGUUGCAGAAACAUUUCACCCUCAAGUCGUGUCCAGGAGCACAUGGAACAUGUGAAGCAAGCGCUGUUUCAACAGUCAGGAUCUGCGUGUGAAACAUCUAGUAGGGACGGUAGCUCUAGACAUGAGCAGCAAUAG